CGGGCAGGGGGCGGGCCCAGCCGGGCCAGGGGGCGGGGCGCGAUGCGGCGACUUAUAACUCUGUGACUCUUGGCGCCCUCGCUUCCUCCUCCCGGACCUGGCGAGGAGUCCCGGCGUCGGGCGCGCAUCUCGGUGCAGUUCAACACACCGAGAAAGAGAGCAGCCGAGCGGCCAUGGAGCGGCGCGGGCUGGCGCGGCCCUGGAUGUUGGCAUCGCUGUUGGCGGCGCUGGCGACGCAGACGUGCUCUCAACCGAAUCUGGGACUGUGGCCCUGGCCUCUCUCGGUGCACCUGUCCCCGCACGUGCUGCACCUGUCCCGCAAGGAGUUCGCCAUCGAGCAUGAUCCCUCUUCCAAGGUCAGCCGAUCCUGCAGCCUCUUGCAGAAUGCCUUUCAGAGGUAUCAUGGGUAUAUUUCCAGUUAUUAUCAGAGACAACAAGACCCUGCUGAAUUUGAAAGUGGAAAACAGUUAAAGAAGCUCCUGGUGUCAGUGGUCCAUGACUCAGACUGCAACGCUUACCCCAGUAUCUCUUCAGAUGAAUCCUAUAACUUGAAGGUACAAGGACCAGAGGCUUCCCUCAGUGCCAACAGUAUCUGGGGAGUGUUGAGAGGCUUGGAGACCUUUAGCCAGCUAAUUUAUCGAGAUACUAAUGGGAUUAUCACCAUCAAUGAAUCCAGCAUUAUUGAUGUACCAAGGUUUCCUCAUAGAGGCAUUUUAAUUGAUACAUCUAGACACUAUCUGUCGGUGGAGCUUAUUCUUCAAAAUCUUGAUGCCAUGGCUUUUAACAAGUUCAAUGUUCUCCACUGGCACAUAGUUGAUGAUCAGUCUUUCCCGUACCAGAGCACCACUUUCCCUGAGUUGAGCAAUCAAGGACGCUAUUCCCCUGCUCAUGUGUAUACUCCAAGGGAUGUCCAUAAGGUGAUUGAAUAUGCCCGGUUACGAGGGAUUCGAGUCAUACCAGAAUUUGACACCCCUGGACAUACGCGCUCUUGGGGGAAAGGUCAGAAAGACCUUCUAACUCCCUGCUACGGUCAAAGCUGGCAGUCUUCAAUGUUUGGGCCUGUGAACCCUAUCCGGAAUUCAACUUACAGCUUCAUGUCUAAACUUUUCACUGAAAUUAGUAAAGUGUUCCCAGACAAACGUAUUCAUUUAGGAGGAGAUGAAGUGGAACUUAAUUGUUGGAUGGACAAUCCAGAAAUUCAAAAUUUCAUGAGGCGCAACGGGUUGAAGCAAGAUAUAAAUAAAGUAGGCUCUUUCUAUUUUGAGAAACUUUUGAAUAUUGUUUCAAAGCUAAAGAAGAAAGCCAUAGUCUGGCAGGACGUUUUUGAUGAUAAAAUAAAGCUUCACCCAGACACAAUAGUUCAGAUAUGGAAACAUGAAAACUAUCCUGAUGAAGAAGCAAGAGUCUCAGCAGCCGGCUUCCAGAUCAUCCUUUCCUCCCCCUGGUACUUAGAUUACAUCAGCUAUGGAGAAGACUGGGAAAAGUACUAUGCAGCAGAGCCUAUUGAUUUUAUUGGUUCUGAGGAACAAAGACAACGUGUGAUUGGCGGAGAAGCCUGUUUAUGGGGAGAAUAUGUGGAUGAAACUAACUUCAUUCCAAGAUUAUGGCCUCGUGCAAGUGCAGUUGGUGAGAGACUCUGGAGUCACCAAAAGGUCCGUGAUUUGUCCGAUGCUCAUGAGAGACUGACAGUUCACCGCUGCAGAAUGGUCAGACGUGGAAUAGCUGCACAACCCCUUUCUCCUGGAUAUUGUGAUCAUGAGUUUAAACAAAAAAUAUUUAAAAAAUGAGACUGUAGAAGGGGAAAAUCCCACAGCAUUAAUUACUAUGAUCGCCUUCAGUAACUUAAUUUUGAAAUCAUGUAAAUUGCUUUUGAAUAAAAUCUUAAUCUUUGAACCUGUA